CUGAUUUGGGUCCUUUCAAGGAGUCAGUAUUUUGCUGCCUAAGACUAAAACCCUUUUGUUUACUGUUACUGUAGAAGGAGCAAAAGAAAGAGCGAGAGAAUGGCAAGCGAGGACGAGAGCGCGGUGAAGGAGCCUUUGGAUCUCAUAAGGCUUAGCCUCGACGAGCGUAUUUACGUCAAGCUCCGUUCUGAUCGUGAGCUCCGUGGCAAGCUCCAUGCUUAUGAUCAGCAUUUGAAUAUGAUUCUAGGGGAUGUUGAAGAGAUCGUUACCACAGUUGAAAUAGAUGAUGAAACCUAUGAAGAGAUUGUUCGGACUACAAGGCGCACGGUUCCCUUUCUCUUUGUUAGAGGAGAUGGAGUCAUACUGGUUUCUCCACCUCUUCGGACUGCUUGAUGAGGAGAAUGAAGUUUCAAGCACACUUUCUGGGAAGGAAUCACUUUAGGUCAAAUUUGCAACUAAGCUGCUAUUGCUGUAUCAUUAACCCUCUAAACAAUUAACUGUGGAAUAUUUGCACAUUUUUAGAUGAUUAGGCAAUAGACUGUGUUUAUAUAUUUGUAUGAGCUACUAUGUCAAUCUCAUCCUUUUGACGAGAGGGACAAUGGGACCAACUCUUUUCACUGUCUGCUUAAGUUGAUAAUGUAGACCAUUUGCACAUGAAUGGCCAGUUAUGCCAUGCCAUUACCGGUGCUGGGGCUGAAAUGAAUGAAAUUGUUUUGACUAGAUUAGACAUCA